CGAUUAGACCUUGUGCACCACCUCUGGCGGUUAGUCCUGAGCGGAAGGUUGUACUCCGCUCCAUUGGUUGAGAGUAAAGUUGAGAGGGUACAUGCGCCCAUCUCGUUUAUACAUAUCAGAUCUAUUAACGGACAAAUCAGAUAUUGGACGUUGGGACGGGCACCGGUGAGUUCGUCCCGUGUGAAACACAUUGCAAGGGGGAAGUUGAGCGUUGCUAAUUAUUAGGCAUCUGGGCAAUCGACGUCGCUGAGUACUGCACCAUUGUGUUCCAUGUCUAUCUGUUUACCUGUUUGUUUGUUUGUUUGCGUGUGGCAGAAUUAUGAUUGUUGAUGAAUAGAAAAGUCAGAUUUCCUCCGCCCAAAUCAUCGGAAACGACCUCUCGCCCAUUCAACCCAGCUACGUCCCCCCCAACCUUCGCUUCGAGAUAGAUGAUUGCGAAGAGGAUUGGCCCUUUCCCGACAACCACUUUGACUUUAUUCACAUUCGAAACCUGGUUGGGUCGGUGCGUGAUUGGGAUAGGAUAUAUGUCCAGGCUCACCGGUGCCGUACAGCCCCGUCACUGGUAGUAAUCAGCACAUUAACUGACCGAGGAACUGCUGUAGAACACUGAAGCCGGGUGGCUGGAUAGAGCUCAAGGACCACUUCCGGCCAUUUGAGUGCGAUAAUGGGUCCCUGAAACCUGACAAUGUGCUGCGUACCUGGGUGGACAACUUUGAAAAGGCGACCAUCAUAGCAGGGAUAAACUGGGGAACCGCAGCAGCUGAAUUUAGACCCAGUCUCGAGAAGGCUGGAUUCAAGGGGGUCACCGAGCACAUUUACAAAGUUCCGCUUGGGUACGUCCCUGGGUAAACUUGUGCCCCCUGUUGAGCGCAAGGGUCAUGGGUACGGGCGACUAAUGAGGGCAGAACAUGGGCGGGCGAUCAGGGCGACAGGAUGAGGGAAAUGGGUAUGAUUUUGGCCUCCUUGUAAUGGCUACUGAAUCGCAGUCAACUAAUAAAGAAUGGUAAUGCGCUAGGCACAUUCCAGAAGGAGAUGCUGAUCAUUGGAGCGGAGGGUCUGACGCUGGCGAUGUUUACUCGUGUGCUCGGGUGGGAUAAGAAGGAAGUGGACGUGUUCGUUGCCAGCGUGCGAGAAGCUCUGAAGGACCCCACGAUCUGCGCAUACACUAGAUUGUGAGUUUCUCCUUCCCUCCCUUUCUUCCCCUUCGUUGGUUGGCCCCGCCAAUAAUUAUUCACUCUCGGACUCGCACUAACCAACGCAGUUUCAUAACCUUCGGUCAAAAGCCAAUGUGAAAUCUCAAAAGUGGGAGGUAGGAGAGAAAGA